AUGCGAAUCCUGCUCGUCGCCACCAACCGGCACGACCGGCUGAACAGCCGCAUGAAUGCCCAGCCCAUGCCUAUCGGCCUCGCGUACAUCGCUGGCCAUCUUGACCACGAUCGCCACGAGGUGAAGGUUAUCGACCUGAUGUUCGCCGAGGACUACCUGACCGAGAUUGAGAACAUCGUCAAGGACUUUCAGCCGCAUGUCGUUGGCGUAUCACUGCGAAACCUCAGCAACCACAGCUACCUUAAUACGCAGUGGGCGCUGCCCAUCACCAAGGACGUGAUUGACCGCAUUCGGGAUCACAGCGAAGCGACUAUCAUUGUCGGCGGGCCGGCUUUCAGCCUGCUGCCCAAGCAGUGCUACGAAUUCCUGAACCCUGAUAUCGGCGUGGCCGGGGAUGCUGGUGAAACGUUUGCCGAGGUGUGUGAGCGGAUAGAGAUCGGCGAGCUUUCGGCGUACGACCUGCCCGGGAUGGUCUACUCGAAGGAUGGCGAGGUGGUGCUGAACGAGGGGCUGUGCGUAUCGGCAUUCGCCAGCCGGCCCCGGCUGGACGACCUGGAGAUGGACAAGUACCGGACCGCCGGGUUCGGGAUCGGGGUGUUGACCAAGCUGGGCAGCUUCUCGUAUCCUACGCCCUCCUCCACCGCGGGAAUGAGCGAGGCGGACUUCCGGGUCAUCAGGCCCAUCGACGAGGUGGUUGCCGAGGUCAAGGACCUAUGGGAGCAAUACCAGCUCCGCAAGGUCUUCUUUGUGGACAACGGGUUCAACUUCCCACUGGAUCACGCCAAGUCGCUGUGCAGCGCGAUCAUCGAGGCAGACCUUGGGAUUCGCUGGAACACAUGCCUGGCCUCAUUCAACGUCGAUACCGAGUUGGUACGCCUGAUGCGGGACGCUGGGUGCGCGCUGGUGUUGAUGGGAAACCGGGGCGGCGAUCUGCACGACGGCACCGGCUCGCUGGAAGAGCAUAUGGCUGCCCAGUUGGAGGUACCGAAGCUGUGCGAGGAGGGAGGGCUGCAUUACACCAUCGCCCGCACCUUUGGCGAGCCUGGGGAGACGCGGGAGACGGUGGAGCACAAGCUGGACUUCCUGCGGCGCAUCAAUCCUGCACUGGCCAACCUGCGGGUCGGCGUGAGCGUGAUGCCGGGCACCGACGUGGCGACAAGAGCCAUCGAAGAGGGGCUGAUCUCGGACGAGAGCGAGCUGAUCGAGCCGACCUUCUAUAUCGCCGAAGAAGUUCGGGACUGGAUCGUCCCCUACCUUCAGGAGCAGGCGGAGGGCAACCCACGCUGGAACCUGUGGUAG